GCAUUUUUUAUUAUUAGAAUUGAUAUAAAUGAAAAAAUGAAAAAAAAAAAAAUCAUAAUGGAUUUUCACAGAAAUAACCCAUUUAAUAUAAAUUUACCUUCAAGCUUUAUUCUUUCUUUUAUUAAAACUUCCCAUUUAAGCAGCCUUAAAAAGAGUUAACAUAAUGCUGGUAACCUAUCGUUAGGUGUCUUUAUGCAUCUAAGUAUGCUGCAAGCGCCCUUGACGUUCUUAAUAUUGCCCAAUCAAGAGGCGCUAUAUCUUAUCUACUCUAUUUCCAAUAUCAUGUAUUGUAGCUUUAUAUCACUGAACGCAUCCAUUUAUGAUUACGGUCCUACCAAGCCAACGUACGACGAUCGUGAGUCAAAAUGAGAGUGCGAAGUCUAGCUAGCUCUGGUCGUAUAUGGCUCAUGCAUCAAUCAGAUACUGUUGAGACAACUUCUGAACGCAAAAAAUGAGAAGGGAUUCACUCUCACAUCUUAUAUCACGUCUGGACCUGUAAUAGACACGCUGAGAGAGGUGUUCUCUUUGUCUCAGUAAUCAGUACCAGCUGGGACUAUAAUGUUAUAGGAGGCUCAAGCUACAAUGUCAUUCGUACGUUUCGUGUGGAAUAAAGUUCAUAAUAGGUUGAUUAAUGUCUUGAAAACUAUCAUUUUCGCUGUCACCUUUUAUUUGGUUAGACAUGAAAAUACAAAA